AUGUUUCGAUCAGCGGUGCCUGCGCCCGUUUAUCGAGGGUUUAGACGAUUUUUUUCACAUACUACAAAGCUCCGUAACGAGGAAAUUAACCCCACAAACUCCACGUUCCGUAUUCUCGGAAAUGACGCCGCGGCGGUGUCUGGAACCCAGUCCAGGUUCAACGAGAACAUGCCAUUUAAGCACAUAGAACGUGCCAAUGGGCUCAACAAGAUCCAUAUAACGCUCCACGACUACUUUGGAGGCAACAAGAACCAAACCCACAAAGUUUUCAGAAACGAAAACAAGUAUAAGCAAGGGCGAAAUGUCGAGCAACGAACGUUUGUAGAUUUGAAAUUGGUGCAAGCUGUUAGUGGUCGAGGAGGCAAUGGUUCGGUUUCUUUUUUUCGGGACGCCCACCGACCGGUUGGACCAGCCGAUGGUGGCGAUGGGGGCCGAGGAGGAGACGUUUAUGUGCAUGUUGUAGAAGGACUCACUUCUCUCCACAAGGUGAAAAAAACCUAUGUUGCUCAAAAUGGCGGGGCGGGAACCGGACGCCAGCUUGAUGGGAAGAAGGGCGACGACGUGGUGAUCGAGGUUCCGGCGGGAACCACUAUUCGGUGGAUUCCAGAUCCUCGGCAACUCCGCCGGUAUUUGCAGGAAUCGGGCCACCAGCUCGACAACAUUACCCUUGAGUUCCAGACGACAGACAGCGACAGCAUCCAGUGGUUUCGUGACAGCUACGAGCCGGGCGAGGGGUGGCUCUUCAAGGAGCGAGACGAGGAAUAUCACCAGCAAAGAGACUAUUUUAACGACCUUAAUGAGCAGGUCAAGGCGAUGGAGAUGGAAAUGCAGUACGAGGAAUUGUGCCAGGACCAGUUUCCCGUGGUGGGAAUCGACUUCAAUGAGCCCACCGACACUCCUGUGCUCUUGAUGAAGGGCGGCGGCGGCGGAAUGGGCAAUAUGCAUUUUCUCACCAAAGAUAUUCGCAACCCUAGGUUCAGCAAAAGAGGCCGUGAAGGGUUGCGACAAUUUUUCAUACUCGAGCUCAAGAUAAUCGCUGAUUUGGGGCUUGUGGGACUUCCGAACGCCGGCAAGUCCACGCUUUUGAGAGCCAUUUCCCGUGCUCGUCCGCGAGUUGGCCAUUGGGAAUUCACUACACUCCAGCCUACUGUCGGCACAAUUUUCACCACAAUUGACCGAGAUCCAUUCACGGUGGCCGAUAUUCCGGGCAUCAUCAAGGGCGCCAGCCACGACAAGGGCAUGGGACUUGACUUUUUGCGGCACAUUGAGCGGUCCAAUGGGCUCGUUUUUGUGGUUUCGUUGGAGAGCAAAUCGCCAAAUGAAGACUUGGAAAUUUUGGUCCAAGAAGUUGGAAAAAAGAGAAUGGAGGAUAAAAAGGUGUUAGUGGUGGCCACCAAGGCUGAUGUAAACUCUACACCAGACCGAUACCGUCAAUUCCAAAAAUACGUAGAGAGCAAUGGGUGGAAGAUUUUACCUGUCAGUGCGCAAAAUGGAGAAAAUGUGGAGAGAUGCAUUGAGAUGAUGGCGGAGACUGCUGGAAAGUGA